CCGCUCGGUCGUGGCCUCUUGACAGGCCAAAUCCGCUCUCGAGAUGACCUUGAGCCGACUGAUUUCCGCUUGACGGUGCCCAAGUUCAGUGCAGAGAAUUUCCCAAAAAUUCUGUUGCUUGUAGACAGGAUUGGGGACGUGGCGCAGAGACAUGAUGCGACACCAGGACAAGCUGCGCUUGCAUGGAUUCUGGCGCAGGGCGAUGAUGUCUUUGUCAUUCCAGGGACGAAGAAGAUCAAGUACCUGAAAGAAAACCUAGGUGCUGGGUCGCUCAAGCUGACACCACCGGAGAUUGCGGAGAUACGACAAAUUGCUGAAGAAACGGAGAUUCCGGGAGACCGCUACGGACCAGGAUUCUUGGAGUUGACAUACGUCGAGAGUCCGGCAUUGAAAUGA